CUGUUCAUUCUGUCUUAGAAGUGGAAGGCUCAGUUCCACGCAAGCUUCUGCAUAGUACAGUUGCCAUACUCUUUCGUCGAAAAUGAAACUAUUCAUCGGAAUUUUAUUAGCGUUAGCAGCAGUGGCUGCUGUCUCUGCGGAUAAGAUGAGAUUCGAUCAUCACAAAGUUUUCAAUUUAAAAGUCGCCAGCGAAGAACAAAUGCAAAUUUUAAGACAACUUGAAGAAUCGGCUGCAGAAGGUGAAUAUGUGUUCGGUGACUCACCAGUAGUUGGUCGAGAUGUUGACGUGGUUGUGCCACCUCACAAACUAUACGAAUUUAAUGGUAUUAUGAAAAAAUUCAACAUUAUCCACGAACUGGAGGUUGAGAAUUUACAAACUUUAAUUGAUGCUGAAACACCUAUCGUUCAACCAAACUCCGUCGAUUGGACGAGCUACCAUAAUUACACCACAAUUUAUGCCUGGCUAGAUGAAUUACUCGAAACUUAUUCAGAUGUUCUAUCCAGCCAUUUAAUUGGAACCACUUAUCAAAAUCGACCGAUUCGAGCAGUCAAACUAUCUCAUAAAACAGGAAAUCCUACAAUUUUCUUGGAAUCAAAUAUCCACGCUCGCGAGUGGAUAACAUCGGCUACAGCGACUUGGUGGCUUAACGAACUGUUGACAUCAGAUGAUCCUGACAUUGUAGAUUUGGCACAAAAUAUUGAUUGGUACAUCAUUCCGGUGUUUAAUGUCGAUGGGUUCCAUUAUUCACAUGAAGUCAACCGUUUGUGGAGGAAAACUCGUCAAAAUCAUGCUACGAUUUGUUUCGGAACAGAUGCAAAUAGGAAUUUCAAUUUCCAGUGGAUGGUAAAUAAUGGAGCAUCUGAUAAUCCUUGCUCAGAAACAUACGCUGGUCCGUAUGCAUUUUCUGAGGUCGAAACAAGAGCUUUGAGUGAUUUUCUUGCACCAAUCGGUCGGCAGAUAAAUAUUUACUUGUCAUUCCAUUCGUACGGUCAAUACAUAUUGUUCCCUUAUGGUCAUACUAGAGAUGAAGUGACGGAAUACCAUGAUAUAAUGACGGACGUUGGAAAUGCGACUCGUGAAGGAUUCGCACAAUUCAAUGGUACUGAAUAUGUUGUCGGAACGACAGCAGCCGCUUUAUAUGUUGCAUCUGGUACAAGUGUUGACUGGGCAUUCAACGAAUUCGACAUUCCAAUUGGUUAUACAUUCGAAUUUAGAGGCGGAAGUUACGGAUUUGUCUUACCAGCUGAUCAAAUUCUUCCGAAUUGUUACGAAACAAGAGAUGGCAUCAUUGCCAUGGUUCAAAGAGCCCGCGCAUUAGGCUAUAUGGACGUCAGAACAUAAUUUGAAGUUUGAACUUAAAAGUUCAAAAUAAAUUACAAUUUUUGAGUUAAUUUGUUUA